UAUCGCGAUGCAGCAACUUGAAAAAUGGCGACAUCCCAACGCUGUGGUUGCAGCGCGGCGGCGUCAUAUCAGAUAUCGAGGCCGAUGACUGCAAUGCGCAGGACUAGUUUCGACUCCCUCGGGCCGUUGCCCUAUGAGAGCCGUCAGGCGGCUUUGGCCUGCAGAAGUCUGCAUUCCACGCCCGACGGCUCCAAUGGGGGUCGCAAGCUUUCCAGGCAUGGACGGAAAUGGUGUGUUGGCGUUCGGUCUUCCUGCCCGUUGCCGAGGAAGGGAUAAUCGGGGUUGUCUCUUUCAAUUCGCAAGGCAUCAGGGUUCGCCAUCUGGUGGUGCGCGGCUCAUGGAACUUGGGCUCCCAUCCCUUCCCGGCUCAGGUCUUCUUGAUGUUUCAGCCUGGUUCCAAUCCUCCACUCGCAGAACAUUAACGCCAGCCCAGAAAAUCCCUGCAGCGCUGCGUUUCCGCUCAAAAAUCGUUUGUAGCCUGUUUUUUCCGAGGACAGAUUUCCUUGUUGACGUCGUGCCCACGAGCGAGUUGGUACCCAAGAGCGUUGUCGGGCACGAAGACCGCGGAGUAGAGGGGGAAAGAGUGGGAGGGGAGUUGGUCAGUGGUCGCUUUUGGAGAGCAGCUUCCCCAAUCCGGGCGCAGGUUCGUCGGUGCCGUGUCCAUUCAGGCCAGUGGCUCCACUGCGAUACCCACCGGUUGAGGCCUUACGCAAAGCUUUCGACCACACAGCUCUUCCCAAGUCACCCAUCCAGGCAAGCGGCCCGCUCAGGGAAGGGACUCGCUUCGUUCCAGGCUGAGUUUACACAGUGCACAAGUACAUCCAUACAGUACCCCGCGAAGCAUCACUUUGCUGGCCCAGCAGGGCAGCAAGAGCAGGGCGAGCACGGAAUGAGGUGUCUCCUCACUUGCGCCGGCCCCGCUGCUGGUCCGCCUCGUCUCUCCCCUGUUUGUCUGGUGUUCUUUUUCGGCCAUCUUUCGACUCCCUGACCAGAAGAUCUUGAAUGUGCCUUUGGAUCUGUGCAGGGCUGCAGGGGUUGGUGCUGACCAGGUUGAUCCGCACGCGAGGGGUCUUUUUCGGCUUCGAACCCCCCACGAGAGAGGCAGAGAGGAAAAGCACCAGCAUCAGCCCGCAGCAAGCAGCGGCAGCUUCCC